CCCUCGUUUGCUUUCAACACAAAAACCAUUUACCGUAUUUCACUUUGAUGGUUUCUCACUCCCUUUAUUCCUUGUUCCUCAUUUCUCAUUAGCCUUUUUUUUUUUUUUUUUUUUUUUUCCCAUUUUCUAUUUUCUUUCAUUUUCUUUCCUCAUUUCCCACCUCCCAAACACAGAAAUGGCGGCGAACGGGAACGGAGAGUUCAGCUUCGGGAAGGGGACGGCGAGGAACGGGCUGUCGAAGAUCCAGACGCAGAAGAAGAACAACGGGAUAUGCCACGACGACAGCGCGCCGCCGGUGAAGGCGCAGACGAUCGACGAGCUUCACUCUCUCCAGAAGAAGCGGUCGGCGCCCACCACGCCCAUUAAGGGUGCCCAGGGCCCCGUCGCCGCUCCCCCCAUCUCCGACGAGGAGCGCCAGAAGCAGCAGCUCCAAUCCAUCAGUGCAUCUUUGGCAUCGCUGACGAGAGAGACUGGGCCGAAGCUGGUGAAGGGAGAUCCGGCGAGGAAGUCCGAGACACCGAAGGUUUCACACGUGUCGCAUAACUACUUCACGUGUCCCACCAUCAGCGUUAGCGACAGUGCCUUGAAGUUCACUCAUGUUCUCUACAACCUCUCCCCCGCAGAGCUAUAUGAGCAGGCGAUAAAAUAUGAGCAAGGGUCGUUUAUCACGUCAAAUGGGGCAUUGGCUACACUCUCAGGAGCCAAGACAGGUCGGUCCCCAAGAGAUAAACGCGUUGUCAAGGAUGAGACCACUGAGGAUGAGCUUUGGUGGGGAAAGGGUUCACCUAACAUUGAAAUGGACGAGCAUACAUUUUUGGUGAACAGAGAAAGAGCUGUGGAUUACUUGAACUCUUUGGACAAGGUAUUUGUGAACGACCAAUUUCUCAACUGGGAUCCGGAGAACAGAAUCAAAGUUAGGAUUGUAUCUGCCAGGGCUUACCAUUCCCUGUUCAUGCACAACAUGUGUAUCCGACCCACUCCUGAAGAGCUGGAGAAUUUUGGUACUCCGGACUUCACUAUAUACAAUGCUGGCCAGUUCCCGUGUAACCGUUACACACACUACAUGACAUCCUCCACUAGCAUAGACCUUAAUCUUGCUAGGCGGGAAAUGGUCAUCCUCGGCACUCAGUACGCCGGGGAAAUGAAGAAGGGUCUUUUCAGUGUUAUGCACUAUCUCAUGCCUAUGCGUCAAAUCCUCUCCUUGCAUUCUGGCUGCAAUAUGGGGAAAGAUGGAGAUGUUGCCCUCUUCUUUGGACUCUCAGGUACUGGGAAGACAACUCUGUCUACUGAUCACAAUAGGUACUUGAUUGGAGACGAUGAGCACUGUUGGAGUGAGAAUGGCGUGUCGAAUAUUGAAGGCGGUUGCUACGCGAAGUGCAUUGAUCUUUCGAGGGAGAAGGAGCCUGAUAUUUGGAAUGCCAUCAAAUUUGGAACUGUUUUGGAGAAUGUGGUGUUUGAUGAGCAUACUAGGGAGUUGGAUUUUUCUGACAAAUCUGUCACAGAGAAUACUAGAGCAGCCUAUCCUAUAGAGUACAUUCCCAAUGCAAAGAUACCAUGUGUUGGUCCACACCCAAAGAAUGUAAUCCUUUUGGCCUGUGAUGCAUUUGGUGUGCUUCCACCAGUUAGCAAGCUGAGCCUAGCACAGACCAUGUACCAUUUCAUCAGUGGCUACACGGCUUUGGUCGCUGGGACUGAAGAGGGUGUCAAGGAGCCACAGGCGACGUUCUCCGCCUGCUUCGGUGCUGCAUUUAUUAUGCUGCAUCCCACCAAGUAUGCAGCCAUGCUGGCUGAGAAGAUGCAGAAACAUGGUGCCACAGGAUGGCUUGUCAACACUGGCUGGUCCGGCGGAAGCUAUGGUUCGGGGAAUCGCAUCAAGCUUCCUUACACUCGGAAAAUCAUCGAUGCCAUACACUCCGGAAGCCUCCUGAAGGCGAAUUACAAGAAAACUGAGGUGUUUGGAGUUGAGAUCCCCACUGAGGUUGAAGGAGUGCCUUCAGAAAUCCUGGACCCAGUUAACACUUGGUCUGAUAAGAAGGCUUACAAGGAGACACUGCUGAAGCUUGGUGGGCUGUUCAAGAGGAACUUUGAGACAUUCACAAACUACAAGAUUGGCAAGGACAACAAGCUCACUGAAGAGAUCCUUGCUGCUGGACCUAAUUUUUAAACCAUGGGUUGAAAAAGAAGAAGAAACAAGAGAAGAGACUUCCUAUAUGGCACUAGAAUUUGUGGUAGUUUUGGGUUCAAGGGAGUGAAAAUAAAAGAGUUUGUUCUGAGUUAUUAUGUAUAAUCAAACUGUGGUUUAUUCCCAACACCCAACCAAGAAAAAAAAAAAGAAGUGGGUCUAUUGAUAUGUAAAAUGGUUGAUGUAAUUUGAUUUGUUGGUUAAAAUUUUAGAUCAAGAAUGGGUCGUCUCUUGUACUACUGGUUCAUAAACGGUGAAAUAUCAGUUGAACUAUCCAACAUUGACCAAGGCUUUUUUGGCU